CAACAACCUGGACCUCCCCCUACCCCUCCUCCACCGACUUCCGCUCCGACGUCGUCACCAGCCCCACCGCCUCCAUGCUGCACGCCAUCGGCAGCGCAACCCUCCUCGACGACGUCUUCUGUGAGGACCCCUCCACCAUCUCCCUCGAGACCCGCCUCGCCUCCCUCACCGGCCACGAAUCCGCUCUCCUCGUCCUCUCCGGCACAAUGGGUAACCAGCUCGCCCUGCGCGCUCUCCUGACCCAGCCGCCGCACGCGGUGUUGUGCGACGAUCGCGCGCAUAUACUGGAGUGGGAGGCGGGGGGUGUGGCGAGUUUAAGCGGUGCGCUUGUGCAGGGGGUUGUGGCGGGGAAUGGGAGGUACUUGACGCUGGAGGAUGUGCAGAGGAAGGUUGUGUUGUCGGAUGAUGUGCAUGCGUGUCCCACGCGGGUGAUCUCCUUGGAAAACACCUUGGGGGGUUCCAUAAUGCCACUGGAGGAGACGAAACGGAUAGCGGAAUGGGCGAGGGGGGAGGGGAUAUUGAUGCACCUUGAUGGUGCGAGAUUGUGGGAGGCUGUUGUGGCGGGUGCGGGGGGGUUGGAGGAGUAUACGAGGUGUUUUGAUACGGUGAGUUUGUGUUUUAGUAAGGGGCUUGGGGCGCCGAUCGGGAGUGUGCUUGUGGGCAGUAAGGAGGUGGUUAGGCGCGCCCGCUGGGUACGCAAGAGUAUCGGCGGCGGCCUCCGCCAGAGCGGUGUCGUGGCAGCAGCUGCGCGGAUUGGGGUUGAAGAAACCUUCCUAGGGGGGAAGUUGAAGAGGGGUCAGGAGAUGGCGAAGAGAGUAGGAGAGAUGUGGGAAAGCAAGGGGGGGAAGCUGGAGAGAGAGGUAGAGACGAAUAUGGUGUGGCUCGAUCUGGAGGCGGCGGGGGUGGGGGAGGAGGAGUGGGUGCAAGCGGCGGGGAGGAGGGGGGUUAAGCCCUCCCAAAACGGCACCGACAGCGGCUACCAACGCCCCGCCAACAUCGGCGGCGCCCGCAGCGAGGGCCGGCUGAUCAACGUCGAGCCUCCCCGCCGCGAAGACCUGCAACCGAGCUAUGCGCAGAACCUGGUCGGCGAGAGCGAGCAGGGCACGCACGGGUGGUACGGGUCGAUGAUCAACACGCUCGGGAACUGCAUUGGCACGUUCGGCGCGAUUCCGUGCUGUAUUAUCUGCCCGAACCCGUAUAAGCCGGUGUCGCAGGGGAAUGUGGGGUUGGUGACGAAGUUUGGGAGGUUUUAUCGCGCGGUUGAUCCGGGGUUGGUGAAGAUUAAUCCGUUGAGUGAGAGGUUGAUUCAGGUGGAUGUUAAGAUUCAGAUUGUCGAGGUCCCCAAACAAGUCUGCAUGACCAAAGACAACGUAACCCUCCACCUCACCUCCGUAAUCUACUACCACAUCACCUCCCCCCACAAAGCGGCCUUCGGCAUCUCCAACGUCCGCCAAGCCCUCAUCGAGCGCACCCAAACCACCCUCCGCCACGUCGUCGGCGCCCGCGUCCUCCAGGACGUCAUCGAGCGCCGCGAAGAGAUCGCCCAGUCCAUCGGCGAGAUCAUCGAGGAUGUCGCCGCCGGCUGGGGCGUCAAGGUCGAGAGUAUGUUGAUUAAGGAUAUGAUUUUCUCCAACGAGCUGCAGGAUUCGCUGUCGAUGGCCGCGCAGUCGAAGCGUAUUGGAGAGUCGAAGGUCAUUGCUGCGCGCGCGGAAGUCGAGUCCGCGAAACUCAUGCGCCAGGCUGCUGACAUCCUGUCCUCCGCCCCCGCAAUGCAGAUCAGAUACCUGGAGGCUAUGCAAGCCAUGGCCAAGAGCGCGAAUAGCAAGGUCAUCUUCCUGCCUGGUCCCGCGAACGUGGCAUCCCAGAUGGCGAUGGCGGAUAGUGUGGGGGAGGGGUCGGUGGCGAAUGGGGGGAAGAGGAUUGUGGAGGGAGUGGAGACCAGCGACUUUGGAGGUGCGGACCCGCACUUUUCUCAGGCUAUUAGGGCGGAUGUUAUUGAGCAUAUGUGAGGACGUGCUAACGAAGGGGGUGGUUUAGCUUGGUCUACUUGAGCUCUAUUGCCUAACGGUGAUGAUGCCAUCCCCCUCGACGACGUCUGCGACUGGUGGGAUGGAUGGUGGGUGGGGGUAAUGAGAGGAUGAAACGACGAAUGGUGGGAGGUAAUUGGUUUUAUGGACGGCGAGUUGUACGGAAUGAGUGGAUGGACGGAUACCCCCUCGGUCAUUUUUUGUUAUCGAAGUAUACCGCGCUGCUAUUACCCAACGACGGAGACAGAGCGUAGGAGACGAGAGCCGCGCGCAAUGAUACCACCUUCCUUGUCUUUAUACCAACGUUGUUAUCUAUUGCCGGGACGUUAAAUGUGAUCAGAUGUGCGAAGCUGUUAUCGGAUGAAAUUCCCCGUUCUCCGGAAAAGUGAUAAAGAACCC